AUGAGUGACGAAAGACUACCUAUACAAUGCUUUAAUAGGCUUAGAGCUCUAGACUCAUCCAUGGGAAAACCUGAUCCAACUUAUAACUGGGUUACCCAAGUAAAGAUGAUUGUGGCGGAACUCGGAUGUCAGGGGUUGUUUUCUUUAAGGUCUGAUGAGAACAAAUGCCCGAAGAAGGAGUGCAUGAGUACGCCGAUAGGUGCCGAAGGUUUAUUAGAGCUAGCAACCCCAAAAUCGUUUUCAGUAGAAGAAGCCAGCUGGGCUAAAGAUCAUUACGAAAAUAUUGUUACGGCUGAAUUUUUAAAGGGUGUGCGACCAGAUAUUAGGCGACAACUCCUGUUUGACCCUCCAUCAACCUUUGAGAGGGCCGUAAAUAAGGCGGCAAAAGUAGGCGAAGCGAUCGAGUUGUUUUGUUUGCGGUUCUAA